AUGGAGUGUUUCCGACAGAUCGCCCGGUUCGUCAAGGCACCGUUUAAGCGGACACCAAAAAGGGUCUUGGAAAUUGGACCCCCGACCAACUUUCGCAAAGAGUCACCCACUUUCUUCUCAGAUGAUGAGAGCACGCUGACAGCGUACAGCCUUAGCUCGACGCUGGACAAGGCCGCGGUCGGGCGAUCAGGCGAAUCUAAACGAGAUAAGAUCAAACAUCACGUCCGAAGGAUGAGUGUCAAGCUCCCUCGACCCUUGCCCGACAACGUAUAA